GCGGGGCGGGACUUCCGGCGGCGCGGGGCGGGGCGGGGCGGCGGCGCGGGCGAUGCGGGUGCGCGUGCGGAGCUGGCACGGCGUCGCGUCCUGGCUGUGGGUGGCGAACGACGAGAACUGCGGGAUCUGCCGGAUGGCCUUCAACGGCUGCUGCCCCGACUGCAAGGUGCCCGGCGACGACUGCCCGCUGGUGUGGGGACAGUGCUCGCACUGCUUCCACAUGCACUGCAUCCUCAAGUGGCUGAACUCGCAGCAGGUCCAGCAGCACUGCCCCAUGUGCCGCCAGGAGUGGAAGUUCAAGGAGUGACGGCCGGUCCCCGCCGUUACACCGCCCGGCGGCGAGGGGGGCCGGGGCCGCUUCCCGCUUCCCGCCGCCGGCAGCCCCCGCCCCGGGCCGCGCUCUGCACCGCGCUCCCGGCCGGGCCGCCCUCGAUAACCGUGCGGCCG